GGAAUCAUCGAGGGUUGAUUAGGCAGUAAUCUACAUUGUAGAGACUUUCAUGGCGAGGAAAUUAACAUCUUAGACACCAGCCCACAGGCUAUUGUACGUUUCAAAUCAUUCCUCUUCUACAAGUCCGUAUGCUUGUGCACUGCUCUUGCGUUUUGUGAUUGAAGAGCCGGUUCUAGAAGCAGUUCUUGUCUUCUUUGGACCCAUUUUUCCUGAUUUUGCGGCACACGGCUGGCCUUAGCCAUCUGCUUUCAUUUUACGUGGCUUCCUGGAAGUGGUCCAUGUAGUUUGGACAUUAAAUGAUCCACCAAGUCUAUGCAGGAGCUGCAACUGAUUGAUGAAAUUAGCGGGAAAUUGAGGAAAGUGAAAAUUUAAUCGUGGUCUUGUGUCUGGUUAGCCACUGUGUUUCUUGUUGAUGAUCAUUACCUUCCUGAGAGAAAAUAGACGUCAGUCUGCACCUUGGAAGGCAUUGCGUGUUCCCCCAAGUUCAAUUGCCUGGCUAUCUAAGACCUAUAGCACCAUGCGAGAAGAUAACAGUUUUUCCUGCGUACACUCUUCUGGAUGCGGUAGUGACUUAAUCCAGAAACCUGCUCCCACAUGUGACGACGACAAAUGCUCUUGCAGAAAUGUGGAGUCCACCCCGGAAAUAGAAAAGAAGUAUGUUCACCGUGUUUAUGAUGCUAUAGCUCCUCAUUUCAGUUCCACUCGAUUCGCUAAGUGGCCAAAGGUCGCCACCUUUCUGAAAACUCUGCCUCCAAGAUCGCUCAUCUUGGAUGCAGGUUGUGGAAAUGGGAAGUACUUGGGCUUGAAUCCGGAUUGCUAUUUCAUUGGAUGUGAUAUAAGUGCUCCGCUGAUCAAAAUAUGUGCAGAUAGAGAUCAUGAGGUUCUGGUUGCCGAUGCUGUCAAUCUUCCUUACAGAACUGGUUUCGGGGAUGCUGCAAUCUCAAUAGCCGUAUUGCAUCACUUGAGUACGGAGAAUAGGAGGAAAAGAGCAAUUGAAGAGUUAGUUCGUGUCGUGAAAAAGGGCGGGCUGGUCCUGAUAACCGUGUGGGCUGUAGAACAGGAAGAUAGAUCAUUGCUUACCAAGUGGACUCCUCUAGCACCAAAAUAUGUAGAAGAAUGGGUAGGACCAGGAAGUCCCCGAGUUCGCAGCCCUUCGUCUUUGAUGUUGGAAAGCAUCCCAGAGACAGAUGACAGUUCAGCAGAGAGCAUGAGGGAAGUUAGAGUUAAUAUAGCCGCGAAGCCAGAGAAGACUCAGACUUUAAAUCAUCAUGGAGAAGAUGACGCAACGGCAUUGAGACAAGAAAAGAAUAUCCAGGAUCAACAGGAAUACUUUGUACCUUGGCACUUACCCUAUCAUCGUGCUGAAAUCAGUGGAGCUUCCAUGACUGCUCUUGCAAGUGGCUUGGCAAAAAAGGACGAUAAAAAGGGUGCCGUAGUGUAUAAUAGAUAUUACCAUGUCUUUGGUGAGGGGGAGCUUGAGAGGUUGGUAUCUGGCAUGGACAACAUCAUAGUUGUUGAUCGUUUUUAUGACAAAUCAAACUGGUGUAUUAUUCUUGAGAAGACAUGCUGACACAAUCAGGUGUGGAGAGCAUGGAUCUUUUGCGGUCGCAGCUGGUAGAUUCUUAUGCUAAUGCCAAGCCCUGCAAGUUAUAUGGUCGACCUCAAUAUAUGUUUUGACUACGAAUUUUCAGAGAAUCAUUCAUUCUCAUCAAUGACUGGACAAGGGUAUGAUUGAGGCUGAGUUUUCACUCUUUGGCCAAAAUUUUGUGAAUUUUCACUCAGUAUAGAUUUCUGGAAUGUAAUGGUCGGAAAUGCCAAGAUGGCGUUAAGCAACCGAUCACUAUGGUCUGCAACUCACUGCCGUCAUGAUGUGCUUAUCUGUUCUAUAUCGGCCAUUUUGAUUCUUUGUA